GGUCGCUUCGGGAGAGAUACCGGACCUGUAUUAUUUCCUCACGUUUGAAAAAAAAAAAAUCCCGAUUGAACAUUUAACAUCGGUUCGAGUAGUUUUUACUAAUUUUUGUAAAGAGCCUUUAUUGUUUUUCUUCUUCAAGGAGCUCCGUUGGUAAAAAAAAAAAAAAAAAAAAAAAAGAACAAGAAGAAGAAGAAGAAAAAAAAAAAGAAAAGCACCAGCAGCUGUGGAGGAAGGUUAGCGAGCCUCCGCCAUCUCUUCUCCCCUCCGCAGUCGGAGCGCCGAGUCUUCCGCGCCGCCGCCGCCGCCGCCGCCGCCGCCGCCGCCAUGGGGAACGCAGCCACCGCCAAGAAGGGCAACGAGCUGGAGAGCGUCAAAGAGUUUCUAGCCAAAGCCAAAGAAGAUUUCCUGCGGAAGUGGGAAUGCCCGCCACAGGGCACGACGUGCCUCGACGACUUCGACCGGCUGAAGACGCUCGGCACCGGCUCGUUCGGGAGGGUCAUGCUGGUGAAGCACAAAGCGACGGAGCAACACUUUGCCAUGAAGAUACUGGACAAGCAGAAGGUGGUGAAACUCAAGCAAAUAGAACACACACUAAACGAGAAGAGGAUAUUACAGGCCGUGAGCUUCCCCUUUCUCGUCAGACUCGAGUAUGCUUUUAAGGACACCUCCAAUUUGUACAUGGUGAUGGAAUAUGUUCCAGGAGGAGAGAUGUUCUCACACCUGAGACGAAUCGGAAGGUUCAGUGAACCGCACGCAAGGUUUUACGCCGCCCAGAUAGUGCUGACCUUCGAGUACCUGCACUCCCUAGAUCUCAUAUACAGAGAUCUGAAACCCGAGAACCUGCUCAUUGACCACCAGGGCUACAUCCAGGUGACGGACUUCGGCUUCGCCAAGCGGGUAAAAGGCCGGACCUGGACGUUGUGCGGGACGCCGGAGUACCUGGCGCCGGAGAUCAUCCUCAGCAAAGGCUACAACAAAGCGGUGGACUGGUGGGCGCUCGGGGUCCUCAUCUACGAGAUGGCCGCUGGUUACCCUCCGUUCUUUGCAGAUCAGCCGAUUCAGAUCUACGAGAAGAUCGUUUCGGGGAAGGUUCGAUUCCCGUCGCACUUCAGCUCCGACCUGAAGGACCUGCUGAGGAACCUGCUGCAGGUGGAUCUGACCAAACGCUACGGCAACCUGAAGAACGGCGUCAACGACAUCAAGGGCCACAAAUGGUUCGCCACGACAGACUGGAUCGCCAUCUACGAGAGAAAGGUGGAGGCCCCGUUCAUACCAAAGUGCAGAGGACCGGGGGACACCAGCAACUUCGACGACUACGAGGAGGAGGAAAUCCGAGUCUCCGUAACGGAAAAAUGCGGCAAGGAGUUUGCGGAGUUUUAGGACGCGGGGGGACAUGGAUACAUCAGGGAUACUAGGGGAUCUUUGCACUCUUCUAAAGACUUGGGAAUGGAGCAGAGACCAUCGUUUUUUUCAGAUCCACUACAUAGUCCCGUCAUUCCAUGAGGCCGACACGAGGUUGCCGUGAUCCUUGGUGUGCCGAUAACCUCUCACUGUCACGUACACCUGCGCAUUAAAGCAGACACAACACUUUCUUCUUUUUUCUUUUGUACCUACCACCCUUCUUCAUUUUUUUUUUUUACUUUGAAGCAGUUAGUCUUGGAUGUCGUUAUGCCCUUUUUAAAAUGUGAUGGUUUUUCGAUUCAUGAGGAAAAACUGAGACUGCGUCCACACGUUGUGACCCACUUGUCCCGCGUUGACCCUGCUGUGGCUCGCGGGAGACUCCCCCCGAGGCGAUCUGUUACAAGUCCACCUCGUGUCGCCCUUUGUGCGAUUCUGGCCGGCUUUCGGCAGGGGGUUGGGCGGGUCGGGGGGGGAGGGGGGGGCAGCAUUCGUGCGCGUUUGUCAGGUUUCCCGUUCAAAGGUAUUUUGAACACUUUUGGAAGCGUGACAAAUUAGAAAACAUUUGGUGACUCAAGAAAAGAGGUCCUUUUCUUUUUCAAGUCCACAGAGAAGCAUCCAUCCACUGUGUUCUUGGUGUUCUGACCCAGGCACAGCAAGCAGACGCAGACAACAAUGACAAACCUUGUUAUUUGUAAAAUGCAAAUCCAGUGGUUUUGUUUGAUCCUUUUUGGAUCGGUCAGUUACAUGUAAAGUUUGUCAUUUUGUAUGCAACUAUUCUUUCGUCGCUUUGUCUAACAUUAAAGUCAUAAUGUGCUUCUGCUUUUAAAGACCCCUUGUUAUGAGUAUGUGGAACAAUGUGACCAGUAAAUGCAAAAGAGUGAAGUGAAAUCCUUUGUAGGAUUUUUGUUGAGUGUAAUGUUAAGUUGAGGAGGUUGGUGUAAAAGCCGCCACAUUGUCAGUAAAGCCUUUUUUAAAGGUACAUUAUUUGUAAUGUUUUAGAUCAAAGCUGUUUUCAAAUCUUAAGAAACAGGAAUUUACUGUAUUCUCCCCUUUACCCCAAAACCCUAAAACAGAAUUCUUUGUUUCAUUCUUAGCAAAGAAUGUCGAUUUGCAACUUAUAGGUAUGCAUAUUUGAAGGCUUGAUUUCAAGGUACAAUUUUUUCCGCACAAUACACUGGCUAAAAUAAAGACUGCUCCUUUGUAUCACAUGUAACCUUGUUAUUGUUAAACUCUCAUUACAUCAUACGUAUAUACAUUGUUUCAUUUAUGUCUUUAUUUAUACACAUUAGAGAUGCUAAUAAAUUUUAUUUUUAAAAGUG